AUGCUAGAUGCCAAACCCGUAGCCACACCACUUCUAGAAUCUCUGAAGCUUACUCUUAAUGGUGGUCAGCCGCUUGAUGAUGCCAACGAAUAUCGAAUGGUAAUUGGAAGCCUCCAAUAUCUCGCGUUUACCCGACCAGACAUUGCAUAUGCCGUCAAAAAAUUGUCACAAUUCAUGAACCAUCCUACUACCGAUCAUUGGAAGGCUGCCAAACGCGUUCUUCGAUACCUAUCAGGAACGCUCACUCAUGGUAUUUUCCUUAGUUCUGAUUCUUCACUCUCUCUUCAUGCCUAUUCGGAUGCAUAUUGGGCUGGAGACAAAGAUGAUUAUAUCUCCACCAAUGGCUACAUCACCUAUCUUGGACGGCAUCCUCUAUCGUGGACAUCAAAGAAACAACGUGGUGUUGCUCGCUCUUCAACUGAAGCUGAGUAUCGCUCUGUAGCCAACACUGCUUCUGAAAUCCGAUGGAUAUGCUCUCUCCUAUCAGAACUUGGUAUUCAAAUGCCGGCCACUUCAGUCAUCUAUUGUGAUAAUAUUGGAGCUACCUAUCUCUGCACCAACUCAGUAUUUCACUCUAGAAUGAAGCACUUAGCUCUUGAUUACCACUACAUUCGCAAUCAAAUACAAGACGGCUCCCUUCGUGUUUCUCACGUCUCCACACAUGAUCAAUUAGCAGACACUCUCACAAAGCUUCUCUCUUGA